AUGAACAUAUUACCGCGCACAACGACACUCAACUCCGAUCUGAGCAUCUUUGUUCCAGCUGUGCAAAUGAGUCGCAAAAAACACAACUGUUGCGGCAGCGACGAAUAUAUCGCCGCUACAUGUACCAGCUCAGAUCAUCGACGCUCUGAGCAUCGCUAUUUUGAUAUGAACGUCGCUGCUCUAGCUGUGCUGAGGCGUCGCUCCAAUGAAGAAAGAAAAGAAAAGAAAAAUGUACUGGAAGAAGUUGAUCUUCUGCGGAAUAAACAGUGCCCAGUGAUGGAUAUUGACCCAGACGAUGUGUUUCGGGACGAUGAAGACCCAGAAAAUGAACUUUAUCAGGAAAGAGAUUCCACCAAAGAGAUGUUGGUGUACUUAGUAGAUGCUUCCCCCAAAAUGUUCUCCACUAGUUGUCCUUCGGAAGAUCAGAAGGAUGUUUCUCACUUUCACAUUGCUGUCAGUUGCAUCGCACAAUCUUUGAGAACUCAAAUUAUAAAUAGAUCUUAUGAUGAUGUUGCAAUAUGCUUCUUUAAUACCAGGGAAAAGAAGAAUUUGCAGGAUUCAAAUAAUGUUUAUGUUUUUAAUGUUCCUGAACGAGAGGAAUUAGACAGGCCAACUGCUAGGCUUAUCAAAGAAUUUGACUCAAUUGAAGAAUCAUUUAGUAAAGAGAUCGGGAGCAAAUAUGGCAUCUUACCUGGGUCUCGUGAUAAUUCUCUUUACAAUGCUCUUUGGGUUGCACAAGCACUGUUGCGUAAAGGGUCUGCAAAAACAGCUGACAAAAGGAUUCUAUUAUUUACUAAUGAGGAUGAUCCUUUUGGGAAUAUCAAGGGAAUGACAAAAAUGGAUAUGACGAGAACAACAUUACAGCGAGCCAAAGAUGCUCAAGAUCUUGGCAUCUCUAUCGAACUUCUCCCCUUGAGUAGACCAGAUGACGAGUUCAACAUGUCCCUUUUCUAUGCUGACUUACUUGGAUUGGAGGGAACCAACCUUACUCAGUUUAAGGCCUUGGUGGGAGAGAGAUUUGAAGACAUGAAAGACCAAUUGAGAAAGCGAAUGUUCAGGAAGCGCAAAAUACGAAGAAUUAAGUUUAUCAUUACCAAUGCCAUGUCUAUUGAAGUGAAUGCCUACGCUUUAGUCCGUCCAACCAAUCCAGGAACAAUCACUUGGCUCGAUUCUGUCACUAACCUUCCUCUAAAGACUGAUAGAUCUUUCAUCUGUGCGGAUACUGGUGCUCUGGUGCAAGAGACUCCCAAACUUUUUCAGACUUACAAGAAUGAUAGUAUCAUGUUCUCGACGGAUGAGCUUUCAGAAAUUAAGAGAGUUUCAACUGGACCUCUUCGUCUUCUAGGUUUCAAACCAUUAAGUUGCUUAAAAGAUUAUCACAACUUGAAGCCGUCGACCUUUGUUUUCCCAAGUGAUGAGGAAGUGGUUGGAAGUACAUGCAUUUUCAUUGCUCUCCACGGAUCCAUGUUGCGACUGAAGCGUUUUGCUGUUGCAUUCUAUGGGAGUUCAACCCAUCCUCAAUUGGUGGCUCUGGUCGCACAAGAGGAGAUAAUGAGCACCAGUGGUCAGGUUGAGCCACCUGGAAUGCAUAUGAUAUAUCUUCCAUAUUCUGAUGAUGUCAGGCCUGUUGAAGAGCUUCAUACUGAUACAAAUGCCAUGGCACCUCGAGCAACUGAUGACCAAAUUAAGAGUGCCACUGCAUUAGUGAGGCGUGUAGAUUUAAAAAGUUUUUCAGUUUGCCAAUUUGCUAACCCUGCCUUGCAGAGACACUAUGCUGUAUUACAGGCUCUAGCCCUGGACGAAGAUGAGAUGCCUGAUGUCAGAGAUGAAACUCUUCCCGAUGAAGAAGGCAUGGCCAGACCGGGUGUUGUAAAAGCAUUGGAAGAGUUCAAGCUUUCUGUCUAUGGAGAAAAUUAUGAUGAGGAGAGUGACUCGAUUGCCAGUGGAAAAACUAGUGACGCCUCCAAAAAACGGAAAGCAAUUGCUGAUAAGGCGACUGAGGAGUCUGCAAAAGUUGACUGGUCUGACCUCGCUGACAAAGGAGAGUUGAAGGAAUUGACAGUACCAAAGCUGAAGUACUACCUGACUGCAAAUGGCCUAUCUGUGUCUGGGAAAAAGGAAGAUUUGAUCAAUAGGAUCUUGACUCACUUGGGUAAAUAA